AUGCAAUCAGCACUGGCCGCCCUGGCCGCCGGCAUCUUGCUGGUGUUCUCCAGUGGCUUCUCAAGCUGUCCAAUGCCGCCAACCCGCCGGCUGCUGCUGACGAGCGAUGGGCUUUCCACAAGAGCUCUGCGGGAUGAGUUCCGGCGUCUUCUGGGAGAGCAGCCGGAGAGCAAAACCGUUUGGUACAUCCCGACAGCGCCUCUGCGUGAUGGGAUGGGUAUGGGCAUGGUGCGCUCGCAGGUCGCCAUGCUGAAGCGUGAGUUUGGCCUGAGCCGUGUGGUGGUAAUCGACGUUGAGUACGUCAAAGGGGAUGAACUCAAGAAAGCCGUCGCUGCGCUUGGUAGAGUGGACGUGGUUUGGGCCGAGAUGGGUAACACGUAUGCUUUGCGGCACCAUCUGAGAGACUCAGGCGGCGACCAGUUGGUCUUCGAUGCCAUGGAUGCAGGUGCGAUUUAUGUGGGCAGCAGCGCAGGGAGCAUUGUUGCCGGCCGCACUGUGCAGAUGGCGUUCUGGAAAGACUGGGACGACAAGACGGCUGAGGGCACGAUCGACGUUGACUGGAAGGACCCACGUCAUGCAGAAGGGCUGGACCUUGGUGGAGGCCGGAGCUUCUUCCCGCACGCCAAUGGCCAGUAUGCCAGGACUGCCUGGCAAGAAGCACAGGCGAAGAAGCAUGGACACACGGAUCACGAGGUGAUAAAGCUCGCAGACGGUGAGGGAUUUGUGAUCGAUGGUGACAAGGCCUACCCCAUCGUUUAG